UGGUAGGGAGGGGCUUAUUUUAGUUGCCUAAGUAAAGACUUAGCGCUAUGUUCAGAACUACUGACGUUAUACAUGACUUAAAAUGUAGCCGUUGUUAUACAUUUAAAAACGAUUAGCAAAUUUUAUUAUAUUCAAGAGAACACAGCAAGGGAAGGAACAUUAAAGUGGAACAAUUGAUGUUCAGGUUAUGUUGGAGGACAGACUUCCUUGAAUUUACCACUCUUUGGACAGCAAUGUGUUACAUAUUUUGCCUCAGGACCAAAACCAGCUGCGAGACAAAUACAACCAUUGUAUAACGGCUCCACUGUUGUUUAUAUCUCCUCGUUCUAACCAGUAAAUCAUUAAUUAAGACAUAAACAAACUGACACAUGCAACAAUGUCCAUGGCCCUGAAGCAAGUCUUCAACAAGGAGAGGACAUUCCGGCCGAAGCGUAAGUUUGAGCCCGGGACACAGCGCUUUGAGCUGCACAAGAAGGCCCAGGCGUCUCUGAAUGCAGGCCUGGACCUGAAGCAGGCGGUGGCGUUGCCCCAUGGAGAGGACCUUAAUGACUGGGUGGCUGUUCACGUGGUGGAUUUCUUCAACCGCAUCAACCUCAUCUACGGCACCAUCAGCGACUCCUGCACCGACCAGACCUGCCCCAUGAUGUCCGGAGGGCCCAAGUAUGAGUACCGCUGGCAGGACGAGCACAAGUACAAGAAGCCCACAGCCGUGCCAGCCCCAAAAUACAUGAGCCUGCUGAUGGACUGGAUCGAGGUACAGAUCAACAACGAGCACAUCUUCCCCACCAACGUCGGUACUCCCUUCCCAAAGACCUUCAUGCAGGUAGCUAAGAAGAUUUUGUCUCGCCUGUUCCGUGUGUUCGUCCACGUCUACAUCCAUCACUUUGAUCGUGUGAACCAGAUGGGUGCAGAGGCCCACGUCAACACCUGUUACAAGCACUUCUAUUACUUUGUAACGGAGUUUAACCUCACAGACCACAAGGAGCUUGAGCCACUGAAAGAGAUGACAUCACAGAUGUGCCACUAACGGAGCACCAUUGACCACUUGACAAAUUCCAGCUUGAAGACUAGUUCCGUCCAUAUAGAAGACUGAAACAGGAAACCAAAUCUAAAAUAGUCUUUAUUUUUAUAAACAAGUACAACAAUCUUUUUUAACCAUGUAGGUUUGUUUAACCAGGAACCUUGUAAGGCAUUCUCUUCAUUUUAAUUUUUUGAAAUUGAGCACAGUAUUAAGAGAUUUUACUUUUUUUUAAAUAUGAAGUUGAAUCAGUCCUGUAAUUUAGUUCUUGUUCUCUUAUCUAAAAUGAAUAUAUGUUUGUUUGUACAUAUCUAAGAUUGUAGUAUGUGGCCACUGAGACAUUAAAUGUACUCAGUGUUCCUGCUCUAAACUGAGUGUCAUAUGUUUAAUUAUGAAAUGGGUAGUUUUGAUCCUGGAUGCUGAUUAGACGAACAGCGUUCGAAGCCGUGCAGUAUUGUCAUACAUUGUUAUUUUUCCGGAAUAUACAUUCAAACUGG